AUUUUGAAAUAGAUAAUAUAAAUAAUUUAGAUGAUGAAUUUUUACCACAUCCAAAUAAAUAUAAAAAAAUAUUAAAAUUACUUGAUGAAACACCAGAAUGGAAAUUUGAAAAAUGGAAAAAGAAAGUAACAUCAGAAUUCUUGAAUAAAUUUUUAAAUAAUUUUCUUCAAAGAAAAGGUGAUGAGAAUUUAGUAGAAAAAAAUCUUAAUGGAUGGUUAAAAGGAGAAGAUCCUUUAUCUAACCAAGAUAAAUUAAAAGGAUAUAGUUUAAUUAAAAAACCUGAACAAAAAAUAAAAGUAGCUAAAAUAAAAAAUUCUAAAUUUACUGGAAAUAUUAAUGAAAUUACAAUAUCUGGUGCUGAA